AUGGUAACUUCUAUGUUUAUUUAUGCCGACAAAACCCUCUUCAACUUUGCAGAAAAAUACAAGCUACUUCAAACAAUUCGCUAUGUUGUCAUCACUUCUUUUCUCUUCUCUCUACGCUUGCUUCCUCCUAUUUUCCCUUGUAAUUCACACAUGUUUAAGCCCCAGAAAAAAGAUGGCUGCGUCACUGCUUGUGGGGUUGGCGACUUGGGAAUCGCUCGUGCGCUUUCACAGAUACUAUCUAUUGUUAAUGAUAUUCCUGUUAGCUCAAGAAAGUAUGAAAUCGUUCGAUCUUUAGCGGAAAGACUUAUAGAAGAGAACCAUAUGGAAGGCAUCGAAACUUUACGUGAAGUCAACCGUACAGUUUUGUCAGCGGCCUUUUCGAGGACUCUUAGCCAGCUUGAAGCUACAAUGGUGGAAUUGAGGCAAGACAGGGUCGGUCACGAUGGCGCGGGAACUGGACCGGUUCUAUAUCGGUUGAACAUGGUUUUACGGGCUGUUCGAUCAGUUCGGGGUGGAGUUUGGACUAAGGUAGGGAGGGGGAGAGAGGAUGUGAACCGGUCAGGGAAUUCAGCUGAGAAACUGGCUGCUGAGCUGCUUUGGCUGGCGCAGAAGUUGUCUGCUUGUGGGUUUGUAGAAGAGGCUGUUGACCAGUGGGCAUCAGCCUCAAAUUUGGCUUGGCUUCUCUUUCAACUGAGCGAGGCUUCAAGGUCCCUGGUUAAGGUUUCAGCGUUCUUAUUCAAACAAGCCAAGGAUAUGGGAUUCGAAGUGGAAAUGACUGAAGAAGGCAACAAAGAGAGCCGCAGGCAAACAAAGAUGAACAUGCUAACGUCAUGGUUGCCAUUGCUGUGCAGAGCUAGCAAUGGCACUGAUGUGCCAAUGCUCAGAACAAGUGAAAGAGGUGAGCUAGAGAAGGUAUUGGAAGUGACCAUAGAAAAGCUAGAACAAGAAGAGCAAGAACAAGUACUCUCCCUAUGGCUUCACCACUUCACAUAUUGCCCAUCCUCCGAUUGGCCCAACCUUCUUGCCUCGUACGUUCGCUGGUGUACCAGUUCUCGCAAGCUUUUGAUUCUCAAUUGAAGAUGUAAACUAGAAUAUCUUGUGUAAUACAAUAAUAAGUAUACUCUUCAGCAGGAUGAUAACUAAGUUGUACACGUGGAUAUGAACCCGUUAAAUGGUACUAUAAUUCUUCCGUUUAUUACAAGUCUUGGCAAAUUCCUUGUAAUCAUGAGAUCUAUUGCAAGAGGUUACUUAUAAUCAUUUUAAUUGUUUUACUGAUUACAAAGCCAA